UAUUCAUCACAAUUAUGAAAUUGUCUUCAAUUUGACUGAUUGUACAGUGCACUACGCAAUUUGUUUGCAAUUCUUUACGGUUUUGACCGUGUUUUCUGUUGAAAAGUUAUUACAAGGCGCAACUACGACUUGCCAAGAUGACGAAGAUAAUACAACAAUUAAACUUUAGUAGUAGUAUUAGUAAUUAUUACGAUGGUGCUGGACUGGAACCUGACGCUGACAAGGAGAAAAACUUUUUCGGCGAUGGUGCGUCGCUGAGCGCGGCGGGCAGCAAACGGUCCGCCUUGUCGGCUUCCGACGCCGAGUGCUUCUCGCUGUGCCUGGGCGCCGGGCCUCUGUGGUGGUCCGAUGUCCCUGCUCAUGGCUCAGCACCGCCCGGAGGGGUGAAUAGCGGGGCUUCGAGCCCCGCAACACCAUCCACACCCACCCACGACGACAACAACCGUGACUUGUUGAGCGCCCUGCUAUGGGUGAGCGCGAGUUCGCUCGCCAGCAGCGCGGAGAGCCUGGCCACCGAGUCGGGCUCCCCCACCGGCACGCACCCGGCCCUGCACCAGGAGAACCGCGAGGAGAUAAUACGCAAGAUCUUGGAGCGCAAAGACCGCCAGCCCGUUAAGAUCGAUUUUAAGAUUUUCCUCACUGAGAACACUGUGACCCGCUGGGAAGCUGUUUUGCAAGGUGGCACCAUCUACCUGCGCGUACCCGGGGUCCUGCAGUCCGGCAGCAAGGAGAGCUUCAUGCUCCUCCUCGACUUCGCCGAGGAACGUUUGGGCUGCACCAACUGCAUAAUCUGCGUGCUGAAGACCCGCUCGGACCGCGCGACUCUCCUCCGCACCUUCAUGUUCAUGGGUUUCCAAGUGCUGCCACCCAACUCGCCGCUGAUGCACUCCAUAACCAACCCCGAUUACAUAUUUUUGCACUACAAUAUGCAGUAAGACACUACACAGCUGUACGGUUCUUGCGACUAAACCAAUAAACCGAAAUGAAUGUUCUUUGAGCAUAUUUACUAAUAACAAUCGAGAUUACCAACAUAAUUUGUCGAUUUAGUCGCAUUUACUGAAUUUAUAAUCGACGCCAUCUAUUAUCAGCUAUACGAACUAACAUCACAGCUGUCAAAUGUCAAAACAGAUGGCGCGAAACUGUGACAGUCGCGUAGAAAUAGUUAUCGCUAAACAGUUUUCGUCUGCAUCGAACAAGUUGUUAGUAACAUUAAAAGUUUUAAAUUACUACACUGCUAAUUCAUACGAACUGCCUUAUUAAGAUUUUGCAAAGAGGAAAAUUUAUAAUAAGAAUAUAAUUUAUAAUACCAAAUUUAAAAUUAGAAAUAAACUUAAAAAUUUUUAUCAUAGAUAAUAUAGAAAAUACCAGCUCGCAUAACAGAGUAAUAAGUAUACCUCUAUUUCUGUUUACGAAACAUGAUUAGCGGUGUAGUGUGAAAACUGUCACAUUAAGUAGCUAUCAUAGACUCUGCACGUUUUUUCUUAAUCAGGGCUUGAUAGUGGUUUCAAGAUGGCGCCAACAAGUCUACAUAGUAAUUAGAUAUUUAGUAUAUCCUUCUAUUAUGUACGCACUACGAUAAUUUAUGAUGUUAUAAAAAAAAAAAAACAAUAUAUGGUGACUAAAAUCAAAAGCUUGCUGCAUUAUUUGUAAAAGAGAAAUAAACAUCAGAGUUUAAUGCUUACCAUCGACAAGGCGCUUUGGUAAUUUUUUUUUUUUUAUAAUCAUAAACUAUCGUAGUUUAUUAAGUAUUUUGUUUCUACAAUUUCAGCUUUGAAUAUAUAGCUAUAUAAUCACGAAUUACUCUUAUAUUUUUCCUUUCAAAACUGAUAUAGUAGAAAUGUUUGAUUCUUAUUACUUUUACUAUUAUAUUAUAAACCAUAUGUAUGUCGUCGUGUAUUGUAAUCGAUAUUCACCCACUCCGGGAUAGAGCAAAUAAAAAAAAAAAAAAAACAAAAAAAAAAAAAAAAAAAAGGUUUGUAAAAAUAUUUCGAACUCCACCUUUAUUCACUACUAAACACUUUUAGUUUCAUUAUGUUUACACCAAUAACACAAUGGCUUGAAUUUUCUAUGAGUCAUCUCUUAAAUGCUAUUUAUUAGGCCUAAUUUUUUUUUUUUCUUUUUUAAGAUAAAUGGCAUAAUGUAAAGUACUCUUUGUAUCAAAACUAAUAUAAUCACGUUUAAAACAAUAUAAAUAUUAUCAAAUACUAAAAAAACCGUUUUUGUUACAGUAUCGAAAUAUUUUUUUUUUCUUAUCGAAUAACUUUUUACACUGAAGACUUUAUUUUCCAUAGUAAACGUCAUAAGUGUGCAUAUAUCUUUAGGCGUCCGUACACGGUCAAGCUGUUAAGUCUUGCACGUAUAUUACGGUUUAUUAGAUAGAGAAAACUACGUUCAUUCUUUGUCUAACAAAACUGCAGAAUACUUUAAAAUUUAGUUGCUUGAAAGCGUACGGAGCUUAUUAUUCUUAAGUAAAUAUAGAAUAAGUGGUUUUAUGUUUUAAUUCCUUAUUUAGUAUAACGAGCGUGGCCGUGCAUGUUGGCGCGCUUGCUCGUGCGCAAGUUCGCAAACAUGUCCGGAUGGCGAACUAGUUUAUAUUUACAAGCGCUCCCGAACAUGUUUUCAGUAUUUCUUUCAAAGUAUUAUACGAUCUUUUUACGUUUGACAAAAUAUGAGACGCGCUUAUGUAAUGUAAGUUUAUUGUAUUAAUUGAGAAACAUUAAAGUUAAUCAUAAUUAA